UAUUAAUGGAAAUAGAGGGUUCUAAGUUUUAGGAAAUCACACUUUUGGUGAAAUCGAAAUUGGUGCAAUUGGAGUUUGACGCCAGUGAAAGAAAACUGUAAAACAAUUCAUACUAAUUCCAUUAGUCAAGAAAUUGAAUCGAGCAGAGUAGAGCACGAUUAGAGAAUUAGAAGGUUAACAGAGGUAAGGAAUUCAGUACUAAAAUGUUUAGGACCUUGAUUACGAAGAUAGAUCAGAAUGGGUUGAUUAUCACAGGACCUAAGGAACUAAAUAUUACUAAAAAUAAUAAUAUGAGAAGGCCUUAUAUGAGUAUUACCUGUCGAUAUUGGCAUUAAAUGAUAGUAAAAUGUGGAGAGAAUUCGGGGUUCCUCUAAUUCAUAACAUUCAACUCAACCUGGAAUUAUUGAAGAAACCUGCUACUAUGGAGUUGCUGUAAUUUGUUCUAUAUAUUGACACCUCCAACAUCAAGGCUUACUUUAAAUUGGGCAAGUGCCAUCGAAGCAACGGUCAAAUUCAAGCUGCAUUGUAAUAUUAUUGAAUUAAUUCAGACAAUAUUUUCAAUAAGGCGAGAAGCUAUGUUACCAAACUCAAGAUAAGGAGUCAGCAUCAGAUUUUCAAAAACAAAUCUAAGAGUGCAGAAGACUAUCAAACCAAAGCAGAAAUUGAGAG